AUGGCUGAAACUUUGGGCAUAGGGUCUCCUCUAAGGAGCAGAUUCAUCGCCGCUCUAUGGAGAAGCAUCGGUGGAACUUUAAGACUUAAGACGUCAAAGGGAGUUACAAUAGAUACGAAGCGGUUGACCAAUGCCCUAAAGGAAAACAAAAACAACGAAGUUGAACCACUAGUCACAAAACAUCUUAAAGCAGAUGUAAGACUUAUCAUGUUCGCCGGAACAAAUGAUCAAGAUGGAAAUGGUAUGCAGUCAGUGGAAGGCAUGUGCUUUUCUCUAAUCAGAGUGACAAUAUCAUACAACAGUGAAGAUGCAUAUAUCAAUAUCGUACCUACAGAAGCGACGCAGUUCCCACCAUGCCCAGCGGGAGUCACAGCGUGGGAACAUUUCGCAACUUAUGCAGAUGGACUUGGAUACGGGUCGCUGAGGUUCGACGAAAAUUGCAAGCCACAGGUCGCAAAACUAAUACAACCCUAUUGUUUCAAUGAGGCAAAUGCCAGAACGUCAAGGCUACCACCGGCCGAACCCCUAGAUGCCAUUCUGUACGUCCUAUGGCACUGGGUUAGUGCAUCAUAUACCGUGGAAUUCGGAGUGCCACUAGCCUCACCACAUGGAACGAAUAAAAAACAACUAGAUUAUGAUUUCGUGAAAAAAUACUUCGGUCAUUUACUCAUGCCAAGAACACGACACUUCAUCGAUGGACCAUUGAUGGAAUAUCUCAAAUCGGACGACAUGGCAUUGCCUCCAGAGAUACAACAAAUCGGAUAUGAAAGGCUUCAGUCAGAUAGCGAUCUUGAUAGCUAUGCAUCAGACAAAGAAUCAGAAGAUGCGGAAUCCCUGGCAUUCGACUGGUCAGCUGUACAACCAUUCGUAUUCAACGUCACACAAAUGAUCCAAAAGUAUCAAUCAGUACUACCAAGCGUAAACGGAAUCUAUUUCGAUGAUGCUUUGUGGGUCACAAACUGUAACGUCGAAUGUACCUCUACAAGGGAGGUCAUAUUGCUAAUGAAAUCCUCAACAUACUGGCAUGAUGUGGUGGAUAAGGAAGGAUAUUUGACCCUUUACCCAGGGAUUUACUUCGCAGGACGCCACCAAUUGCGCUGUUUCAUACUCGAAUAUGAGUUGGUAUGCGUAGAACAACUAUUCGUACAUGAAAACUUCGGGUUCAUAGCGAAAGACGCUCAGCCGCUAGUGGAGGCUUUGAAGGAGUUUAGCGCCCGAGUAAUUGAUGUUCUACUUAAAUUAGGGGUAUCUAGGGUCAUAUUUGACGUCACAAUAUCCACACAAAAUACAGACCCACACAUAGUGGAUAUUUACGCUUUCGGAGCACUAAACGACGAACUCAUACAACUAGAGGAUGUGUACCACUUCUACUACACAAAAGUAAAAGAUGGUAUACAACCGAACGAUAAGGUAGACCUAGAAGUGGUAAGUGGUGUAUUGGUAGCCUUCGUCGGCCCAAACGCUAGCCGCCUAAGGAAACAUGCUUGGUGUCCGAAAGACGUAGGAAAUCUAAAUUUCAAUACACCAGAUGAUCUAAUCGACUAUCUACGCUUCCAAACCUCAAAAUGCAGCUAA